GUUCUCUUCUCGAAUCACGUCUUGGUACUCUGAAGCCUUGGAAUUGACGGGUUUCUCUUUCCCUUAGUGUGGCUCGUUUGCAAGGGUUUUCAGCUCUAAGAUCAAAUUCUGAAUUUUGGACACGUAUAUAAUUCGUCAGAAUGCAGGCAUCAAGAACAAGGCUAUUUAAGGAAUACAAAGAGGUGCAACGAGAGAAAGCAAUUGAUUCAGACAUUCAAUUAGUCUGCGAUGAUACAAACAUAUUUAAAUGGACUGCUCUUAUUAAAGGACCAUCAGAAACCCCUUAUGAAGGUGGUGUAUUUCAACUUGCAUUUGCCAUUCCUGAACACUAUCCCUUGCAACCUCCUCAAGUGCUAUUCUUGACAAAAAUAUUCCAUCCAAAUGUGCAUUUUAAGACAGGAGAGAUUUGCUUGGAUAUCUUGAAGAAUGCAUGGAGCCCGGCAUGGACGCUCCAGUCUGUUUGCAGGGCUAUAAUUGCUUUGAUGGCCCAUCCUGAACCUGACAGUCCACUCAAUUGUGAUUCAGGCAAUCUUCUGCGUUCUGGUGAUGUUAGGGGAUAUCAAACCAUGGCAAGGAUGUAUACUAGGCUUGCAGCCAUGCCAAAGAAAAGAUUUCUUUUCGUGGGGGACUAGGUCCAAGCCUGUAGCCCACCACAAAUCACCAUUUGGGGUGCCGGGGGGGUAUGGACCCGAUCCAUAUUCAGCUUAUAGGUCCGCACCGAAUGCAAAGAGUAAGAGUUACGUAUUUUUGGAGGUUUUCUCUUGUAUACUUAGUCUUUGUCUUGUGAGAGAAGAGAUAGACAUUGGGUGUAUUUUGGGGUUUAGGGUUUUCUGGGAGUGAUGUUGUGAGUGCAAAACUCUGUUUCUUCUCCAUUGCUGAUUGCAUAGUGGAUUUCUACUACUCCUUCACCCGUGGACGUAGGCUAUAAGCCGAGCCACAUUAAUUUAUCUGUGUGUUCUCUGUGCUUGCUUCUCUUUACCUUCGUUCUACUUGUAUUUGGGUUUCCAUUCAAAUAUGUUUUCUUGGGGUUUUCCAUAACAGAAAUAUUCAUAAUUAGGUAUAAAAAAAGGAUUGAGGGGAGUGGGUGUGUGUUGGGGAGAGAAAAAGCAGAAGGAAUUCUUGGUGUAAAGAGGAUGGCAUUCAAACACAUGGAAAAUCCAAAAUGCAGUUUACUACAUUGGACAACAUCAGAACUCUUCUAAAUUACGAGCAUUGCUAGCAGUUGGACGCAGGUAUACAAUCUUGAAUCAUUUGCAGCUGGUUCUUUUUGCUUCAACUUUCAUUGCAAAGGGGAUGGGGGAAUUUCAACUCUAAAUCCUAAAAUACUUUGGCCGAAUAUUUGCCUCUCAUGCUUGGGAACAACUGCAAGUUUGCAAUCUGGGCAACAUGCCGUGCAUGCCAUCAGGAGAAGAAAAGCAGGUCAUUUCUUUAUGCCAUGGGGACAUAAGAUAUGCAUGAACAGGAGACUUUGAUGGUUUGGGAGUCCAAAUCUGCUAGUAACAGAACAAUACUAGGCACAUCCAUUUUUGUUCACACUGUAUUACACUUUACACAUAUUUGCACUUAUGCACAUUGUUUUCUGUAUUCUUUGAAAUUUCAAAUUUCUCAUAUGUUGAGGAUAGUUGGUGCAAAACUGUAAUGUGCCUAGCGUUUUUUUCAUCGGACUGGUGUGCAACGGUUAGAUGAACUGGAUCUAGAGGAAUGAAUGAACAACAGUUGGAGUCUAA